AUGGCCGAACCUCUGGGAGAUCCCGCAGUCCGAGGGGAGAUCCCGUUACUGGCGUUGGGCUGUGUAGAGACAGGAAGAGAGCCAGCGAGACUCCCUGGGGGCCCGAGUCCGCCCGUCCCCGCCGAGACGGGGACAGUGCUUUUCUUUUCUCAACCCACUUGCGGAGACUCCAGUUGCUCCUCUUUCCUACGGCAGAAGCGAGGAGCCUUGAAGCGUCGUCUUAGACAUCUUCGGAACAUCGCUGCCCGGAACAUUGUUAAUAGAAAUGGCCAUCAACUCCUUGAUACCUACUUCACACUUCACUUGUGUAAUACUGAAAAGAUAUAUAAAGAAUUUUAUAGAAGUGAAGUGAUUAAGAAUUCCUUGAAUCCAACGUGGCGGAGUCUCGAUUUUGGAUUAAUGCCGGACCGUCUUGAUACAUCUGUGUCCUGUUUUGUGGUGAAGAUAUGGGGUGGAAAGGAGGACGUCUACCAGCUGUUGAUUGAGUGGAAAGUCUGCUUGGAUGGGCUGAAAUACUUGGGUCAGCAGAUUCAUGCCCGCAACCAAAAUGAAAUAAUUUUUGGAUUGAAUGAUGGCUACUAUGGUGCUCCAUUUGAACAUAAGGGUUAUUCAAGUGCUCAGAAGAAUAUUCUUCUUCACGUGGAUCAGAACUGUGUUCGCAAUUCUUACGAUGUCUUCUCUUUGCUGCGGCUUCAUAGAGCCCAGUGUGCAAUUAAACAGACUCAGGUAACUGUUCAGAAAAUUGGAAAAGAAAUUGAAGAAAAACUAAGACUCACAUCUACAAGCAAUGAGCUGAAAAAAGAAAGUGAGUGCCUGCAAUUAAAAAUUUUGGUGCUUCGAAAUGAACUGGAAAGACAAAAGAAAGCUCUGGGACGGGAGGUGGCGUUACUGCAUAAGCAGCAGUUUGCACUGCAGGACAAAGGAAGUACAUUUUCAACUGAGCACCUUAAGCUUCAACUCCAGAAGGAAUCCCUAAAUGAGCUGAGGAAGGAGUGUACUGCGAAAAGAGAACUCUUUCUGAAGACUAAUGCUCAGUUGACAAUUCGUUGCAGGCAGUUACUAUCUGAGCUUUCCUACAUUUAUCCCAUUGAUUUGAAUGAGCAUAAGGAUUAUUUUGUAUGUGGUGUCAAGUUGCCCAAUUCUGAGGACUUCCAAGCAAAAGAUGAUGGAACCAUUGCUGUUGCCCUUGGUUACACUGCACAUUUGGUCUCCAUGAUUUCCUUUUUCCUGCAAGUGCCCCUCAGAUAUCCUAUAAUUCAUAAGGGAUCUAGAUCAAUAAUCAAAGAUAAUAUCAAUGACAAGCUGACAGAAAAGGAGAGAGAGUUUCCAUUAUACCCAAAAGGAGGGGAGAAGUUGCAAUUUGAUUACGGUGUCUAUCUUCUGAACAAAAAUAUAGCACAGCUAAGAUAUCAACAUGGACUUGGGACUCCAGACUUGAGGCAAACCCUUCCUAACCUGAAAAACUUCAUGGAACAUGGACUACUGGUCAGGUGCGAUAGACAUCACACCUCCAGUGCAAUCCCUGUUCCAAAAAGACAAAGCUCCAUAUUUGGGGGUGCAGAUGUGGGCUUCUCGGGGGACAUCCCUUUGCCGGACAAAGGACACCGAAGACGGGCCAGCUCGGAGAAUGAGAGACUGCACUACAAAACCCCUCCCCCCAGCUACAACUCUGCAGUAGCCCAGCCCGCGACCCCCGGCCCCUCCCUGGGGGAGUCCGAGAGGAAGACGACACCCCUGUCGUCCUCCUUGGAUGCCUCCUUGGACUUCUCCAGAGAAACCCAGAAAAAGGGAGAAGGUUUGGUUGACAGCUUCAGUGGAGGCCCCGUGAGCGGGAGCACGAGCCGAGAACAGGGAGAAGCCCUGGCGGAGGAGAUCAUCGGGACGGAAGCCACGGGCUUCACCUCCAGCGAGCAGCUCGAGGCGUUCAGCUGCAUCCCGGUGGACAGCGCCGUGGCCGUGGAGUGUGACGAACAAGUUCUGGGAGAGUUUGAAGAGUUCUCCCGAAGGAUCUACGCACUGAACGAAAACGUGUCCAGCUUCCGCCGGCCGCGCAGGAGCUCGGAUAAGUGAAGCGGGCGGACGGACAGUAGGACCAGGGCAGGGCCGCUGCCUAAAGUGAGGAUAAAGCUGCACUGGUUACCCUUUGUAACAAUUACGACAUAAAAUAAAUAUUAAUGGAGGAUAUUCCUCAGAAAAACAGACUUUGUGAAUGGAGGAGGGACUCGGGAUCGUUGCGAUGGUGGGCCACACAGCCGGGUUUUGCCUGCAGGAUUGGCUCUCCAGGCUGCCGGUCCUAAGGCGGAAGCCACUCUCUAGCUCCAGUCGCCUCGUAGGGACUUGUCUGCUUUUUUAUUUACACUUCUAUGUUUCCCCAGAGGGAAGAUGGUAAUAUAUAAAUAAUAUAAUGAACUCACCUUUAGUUUCUCAAGCAUUUGCCCUCACCAGUUUAUAAAACUUUGGGAAAAUUGAAUAUUUAGAAAAAGAUUGCUACCAUUUCCUGAAGGAUCUUUGGCCAUUCAUUAGGCUGAUGAAUAGGAAGCACAAUAGUCCCCUUAGAGCCAGGCCCACCUGCCCCGCCCCUGCCCUCAGGCCCAUAGGCAACCUGGAGACUUCACUGUGCCCCAUUUCACAGAGGAUGGGUUGUGUCCUGAAAAUGGAACAUCAGAUUCGCAGGUUCUUUAAUGCAGUAGCUCUGACCUUCCACCUCUAAUCAGCCAUACCCUUGAGGUAGCCCUCAAAUUAGAUGAAAAACCUCACCUUCGGUGGAUCCCAGGGACCCCAAGGACCCCAAGGUUGCUGUAGUCGGGUGGCAUCCAGUCCCCUUUGAGGGCCAGAUUUUUUAUGUGGGUAGAUGCUGCAGUGAAACUAGGCAUGCUUCCUGGCAAUAUACUCACCAGACAGAAACCAUAUGUGUAAAUCCCAUGUUAAUUUAUUAAAUUUCAGUUGGAAAGGAAGACAUUGUAUGUGAUGAAAUAUAUGUAGGGACUCAGGCCAUCCAAUGUGCAAACUGCAAGACAGUUGAGGUUGUUGGACAAAGAGACUAGAUGAGGCAUAGAACACUCCUGGUAUGUGUGCAGUUGCAUAAAUAUUAAAUUACGUUUUUGAAGUCCAGUUGUCAUUCCUGGAGCUCAUAUUUCAUUUGCUGUUGCUUUAUAUUUUAUAUGCCCAAGGACCUCGCCUCAGGGUACAAGCUCUUUAAGGAAAAUUCAUCCAUGUAUCCAUGUAUUGUAUAGAGGAAUAAAAAUUGAGUGUACUUCACUCGACCUGAUUUUUUUUUCAGCUUUGAAUUCUGAAACUACAUCUCCAUGUGUUAUGUCACGACAAGACCAGCCUGAACAAAACCGGGGGCUGUGUCUCAGAUGAUGUUGUUGACUUCAUUUGCAUUUACAGAUUGUUAUAGCAACACAGACACCUUCACAGUGUACUCUCUAGUAGCUGCAUUUGUCCUACAUAACAUCUUAACUCAUAGGUUCCAUAAUCAUUUUCAUAUAUGGCUCCAGCACUCCUGGGCUCAAUUUUCAUUUAUAGCCACAUUUGAAAUGGAAUAGUUCCUGUUGUUAUUUCCCAUGUAAAGAGAACUCACAGAAUCAUUGCAUGACAGACAGACCCAAGCUGCAAGCAAUUAAAAGCUUUAACUUUAGCUGAAGAAAUCCAUAUGAAUUCCACAUAAAAAGGUGGGACUAUUCCAGAGCUGGAGCAGAAGCCAUCUGUAGAGGCCCAGCCUCUUUUCAGUGUGCUGUCAUUCAUUUUAGAAUCAAAGAGGGUGGAGACAGACAUGGUCUAGGAUAUACGUCAGACUGGUCUGUGGGGCCUCCCAAUGAAGUAACAAUACCCCCCCAAAAAAAAGGUUUUUGAAAGAGAGUGUGAGUAUUAAACCAUGGGAGGUGAAUCAUAUGUAAUUGUGAUUUCCCAAGAUAUGGGAGUGGACUUUAAACUUCAUGCCAAACUCAAAGACAAGGUGUAUCAACCGCAGGCCCUCCAGCCUGGCUCCUGGCCAAACAGAGGGACCCAUUCAGAUCACCUGUGGUUACAGCGAUUAUCUCAGGUUCCACACAACCAGAUGGAGCUAUGGGGCUCCAUCUGCCCAUCUCAUUCGUGACUACCUGAUUCUGGGGUUCACAGCUUUUCACCCCUCAAAAUGGAGCCCUGCGUGAAUGUGAUUAGAUUGCCCAGAACUGAUCAGUAGUUACUGACACAUGUGCUUGGUCUGCAGGGUCCAAUGAUGUUAUGCCUCAAAACACCACUUAGGUUUGGGUUUGUUUAGUUUGCGUUUUCUGUUUUCAUUUGAAUAUUUUUGAUGUCUGCAGUUUCUGCCAUGACCGGAGUAGAACCUACAUGUCUCCAGAAAUAACUGUUCAACACUUUCCAAUGCUGCAGAAUUCGUUUUGCCUGUUUAAAGUGGCUGUGGCCAAAGUAUGGGAUGAGUUAUCAUCUCCUACUAAUCUUUUUAAUCAGUCUUGUAAAUCACUAAAAUAAUCAAAUUUGCUUUGGAGAUAGAAGUUGAAAUGAAAACUCACUACUAUCCAUUUCUGAACGACUUAAGAGCCCUUACAGCUUUCAUGUAGCCGAGACACUUUUAACAGCCAGCAAAUGUUAUCAAAUGAAUAUUUGAUUGUGUUUUCUCUCUCCACUUCCUCUUACCCACUUUAGAAAUUCCAGAGAUUUUUUCUCCCCUCAGAAUAUUAGUUUUGGAAGAUUGUAUCCAGCUAUAUUUUUUUAGCAGUUCUAAUGGUGCCCAUUUAUCCUGACCUAGCCGGUUAUUUAAAUAAUUUUUUAAACCACCACCAAUAAUAAAUGGCAUGUGAAACUGAUCUGUUGGUAAUUGGAAGAAAACUCAGCAUCUGUAUUUAUAAAAUAAAAUUGAUUAGUAUUUA